AUGAUUGAAAGGUUCACUCCUCUUUCUGAUUCUUCGGAUCCAUUUGAAAAGGAAGUCCUGAACCACUACGAGACCAAUCGCGAAAAGCAUAACGGUAAGUUUUUUUUGUUGCAUUUAUUCACUUCCAUUUCUUUCAAGUUCUAUGAUGACAAUUUCAAAAAAAUGGUGGUCUUUUCUAUUUUUUUCAAACCCAUUUCACUCAAAAAAUUUUUCCGCGAAGUGAAUCAUCAGCUUAACAUAGCGUUUCCUGCCUUUUUUUUUAUCUUGUUGCUAUUUUCUAGUCAUUUUUUGUCUUGCUAUUCCAUUCUUUUCGAACUAUUUUUUCGUGUGAGUUUUUUUUUCUCUUUUUAAUUGUAUCAGGACUUGCGGUCGCAAAAUUUGAUUUUUUUUUCUCACUCCAAAGUUGUGAUAUAUUCUUCUCUUCCCGAGAGCGGGAACAUUAAAAAUCAAAAAGCUCUUUCAGCAGGCUUUAUUUGAUAGCUUCGCGAAAUAUGAGCUUAGGCUACCGAUUAGAUUUGGGACAUCAUUUCAUAGCGUCUGGUUUCUCUCAUUAUUCUAUAUGCUUCUGUUUCAUUCUUGACGUCGCCAAGCGCAGGUUCGGAGGAAAUGAAACGUCAAGCUUUUCGUCAUUCUUUAGUUUUCGAGAUCGUAUUAUUUUUUUGUUAUCGCAAUUUUCGACUCUUUGACAAAAUAUCGCGUUUACAAGCAAGAUAUUUUUUUUUCUUCUCACUAGCUAUGAAAAACGCAUAUUUUACUAUUUGUUCAUCGUAUAAUGGCGUCGAGCACGAUCUUUCGUUUUUUAUGCUUGUGUGAAUAUUGAGGUUUUGCUGAAAUGUCAACAUAUUAGCAAUGAGAAGGAAAACCUUCAAGUGCCAAUGCUGAAAAAAAGAUAUUUUUUUCAAGCAUUGCAACAUUGAUGAGAUCAAGGAAAUAAUAAUUUUUAUGCAAUUAGUUUCUUCGAGCUGUCGAUGUAACAUUCAAUUGGAAUCAUCAAAAUCGCGAAAGCAUCAGAAAAUUGCUAUGAGUGAAGUGAAUUAAUGUAGAAAGUUAUUCGUCAAAAAUUUAUUUUUUUCUACUGUUUGAAAAAAAUAUAAAUUACUUCUUUAUGCCGUGUUCAAAGUGAUUCCGCGAAAUUCAAAAUAGCCGUCAGAGAAAGAGAAAGAUAACUAAAUUUUGGAGGGUCAGAGACAAUUUCGCAUUUCGCGGAAAUUACUUUGAACACGGCAUUAGUUCUAUGGAAAGAGGAACAAAUAAGAAGGGAAUGCAAAAAUAGAUUCAUUUUUUGAUCAAACUUCUAAAUUUGAAUUCAUGAAUUUCAGAUGAGCGGGACAACAUUCAAAAAAAGACGUUUACGAAAUGGGUGAACAAACAUUUGACUAAGGUAUGUUAAAAGUUUUCUUUGUUUCGCUGUCAUUUUUUGGUUUUUUUUUCUUCUCCGUUGUUGCAGUAUUUCAUUCGUCUAAAAAAAUCUUAUCUCUUUUUUUCAAUCUGAAUCUCGGAAAACGCCGAUGCAUUUUGAGAGAACAUUCGCUUCAAAAAAAUCCCUUUGCAUAAUGAAAUUUUUAAGAUAAUUUACAUUGAAAAAAAGUUUCAUACGAACUAAUUUGAAAUAGUUUUCUUGAUGUAAAAAUAAUUUUUUUGGUUUGAUGAAGAAUGUUUUACGCUGAGAUUUUCAAGUUUUCGGAAUAAGAAAUUUUUUUGAAAAAAAUUGAAAAAAAUUGGAUUUAAUUUGAACAAACUGAAAAAAAUGUUGGUUCGUUCUCAUUUUCUAUUCUUUAACGGAAAAAAGCUGAUCAUUUUUCGAAUUCGGAAUAAGUACUGAAAUACAAACUUUAUGCCGCUCUCAAAGUAGUUUAGGCGAGUUCGAAAAGAUUUUCGAAAUUUUCGUUUUGUUUUUCAUCCUCUGAGGGUCGUUUAUAUUUGCAGCAGUUACUUCAAAAGGAAUCAUUACCUUUUUGAAAGACUGAAAUAAAAUUGGGGCAUUGGAUGGUUUAUUGGAAUUUUUUGAAUGAACACGAAAUCUGAUUAGUUUAAUCUUUCGCUCAGUAUUCCUAAAAGAAAAGUUCUAUAAAGGAUUGAGCAUGUUCUGACUUUCUUCUACUCUCUUUCUUCGAACCGGAAUCGCACCUUUUCAGUCCUUUUGCCCUGUGUGGCGGCGGAACAAAAGGUGCUGCAGGUCCAUUUUCUUAGCUAACACUCUCUGUAAAUAUGCGGAAAUAGGCCAGUUACGCCAUGCGUUAUGCUGCGUGGACUGCCGAAUAAGAAACGGAGAAAUAAAAAAUUCAUCUAUUACGAUAGCUGUUGGGUAUUCGAAAAAAUUUAUUUCACAAUCAUCUUUGAAAGAAAUUUUCAAACACUUUUCGCAGUUGUUUCCCUGAGAUUAUAACCUGGAAUAACUUUUCAGACGGGUAGAAAGGUCGAAGAUUUGUUUUUGGACCUCAGAGAUGGAUAUAGCCUCAUUGCUUUACUCGAAGCGCUCACGGGAGAAAAAAUAGUAAGUUGACCGGGUUGAAAGUUUUGAAGAAAAAAGACUUGCAGCAAAAGGAGAACGGAUACACACGAUUUCACAAGAUACAGAACUUGCAAUACUGUUUGGAUUUCUUGAAAAGGAAAAAUGUGGGUUUAUUCGUUCUAAUUUGAAAGUUUAUGUGAGAAAUUUGUUUCUUUUGGUCAUCAGUCUAUCCGAGAAUAAAUUGUAUGAUCAUUUUCGGUUUCAGCGCCUUUUCAGUGUUUUCAUAUCCGGAAUCCCAUAUAUGGUUUUAUGGAUAAUCAAGAACUUACCAUUCAAUCACGGAGCGUGAAUUUUCGUACACACGACUUUCUAUAUACAUAUAGAACAAUUCAUUUCAAAAUUAUUUGAAACUCCUAAUUCAAGGAGACGUUGCAGAUAAAGCUGGUCAACAUCCGACCGGAAGAUAUCGUAGAAGGAAACGGAAAACUGACGCUUGGCCUCAUCUGGACGAUCAUCCUGAACUUCCAGGUGUCCGUGAUUAGACAACGCAUGUUGCUCGAGGCUCAGCAAGAGCUGCGGGCUUCUGCGACGUCGUCGAGUGGUUCCACUAACAUCCAGGUCUUUCUAACUCUUGCUUUCCUCCACACAAAACUUUUCUAUUCAAGUUCUGAUUUAUUACGACUGUUUUUGGUAUCCUCACAAACGAGAGGAUUAGAACGUAGGUGAUGGAUUGGUUGAAGAUUGGCUCAGAUAAAUAUGAGAAAUCGGUCUUGCCAGAUCUUCUUUUUUUUCGUUUCAAGUUAAUGAUAGGUUGAUAAGAAGAAAAAAACUGUACUGGCGGACUAUUUUAAUCGCUUUUUAUGCUUCUCGUUCUAUUAUGCGUAAGCUCAAAACUGGGCGAUGCGAUUUUGAGUUUUCAUCGAUUAAUUGUGCAAAUGAAUUUGAUACGCAUCACCAAAUAUUCUUCUCAUUAUGAAAAAUGUCCGCAAUUUUCAGCAAAAAUGUAGUAACCGAAAAAAAAAACAAAAUAUUCAUCUUAGCUGAAUUUCAACCGAUCUGACCAUCUACGCUACAAAAUAGCUCUUCGUGAGCUUCUCAAAAAGUUCGAGAAAUAA